AUGCUCUUCGUAUUAGGCUCUAUCUUCGGCGCCGGAUUGGCUGCUCUCAAUACUUUCAAGAACAAGCUCUUCUACCCGGAUGCUAGUAAUGCACCCAGCCUCCACAUCAACGUGAAUCUCAACCUGGGCAAUAUGGAGAAUGUAACAGUCGUCUCCCCUCAAGUCAAUCAGACUGUUGGGCCACAGUUCGACUUCAAGUUCAUCGAUACGAGCUACGAUCUCGCAUCUAGCUCUCCUGAUGCAUCUGCCAUAUCGCUGUUGCUGCAGAACAAGACAUAUUCAGCAGACAUUUACCCAUCCAAGAUCGACUUCAUUGCGGAUAGCGAUCCGCCUACAGCGGAGGCCCAGCUGAACGUCCCUCUUCUCCCGGGACUUGCCGAGGGGUCGUACAAUCUCACCAUAAUGGAGUGGCAAUGGGGUGGUCCUCUGAACAGCCCGAAAUCACUGUCCCGUUUCGAGGUCCCGGUUAUAUUUGUGUUCGACCCCAAAGCGCAUGAAGCGCCACCUACGAAGGAUGAGUUGUAG